ACACAAAUAAAUAAAUUGUGAAUUUUAAACAUUAUCUCACUCUCUCAUCCCAACCAAAACCCUCUUUCCCAAAAUCCCCUCACACUCACUACAAACUUCAUUGCAUAUUUCUUUUCCUUUUCACUCCUCUGUUUCAAAUCCUCUGUUUCAAACAGAACACUGAAACCUUAACAAAAACAAAACAUGUCUACCUCCAAAAAAAAACUAACCUUAAACACUGUCUCCAUAAACCUUGGUUGUGGAACAUGUACAAGACCAAAACUUGGUUUCAUAUUCAACACAAAACCAAAACACAAAAACCCCACUUACCAAAACCACAAAAGACAUCACAACUCUUCAUCUUCAAAUUCAACUUCAACCAUUUGGAAACAGAAACACAGAGACACUAUUGAAACUUCAACAAGCACAACCAACACAACACCAACAACAAACACAUCAUUCGGGUCAGAGAAAUCAUCAUUGAAAGGAUUUGGAAGAGCUGGAAAUGAAGGAGUAGCUGUGGAGAAAGAUUCUGAUGACCCUUAUCUUGAUUUUCGACAUUCAAUGUUGCAGAUGAUAUUGGAGAAUGAGAUAUAUUCUAAAGAUGAUCUUAGAGAGCUUUUGAACUGUUUUCUUCAGCUGAAUUCGAAGGAACAUCAUGGGAUUAUUAUAAGAGCUUUUACUGAGAUUUGGAAUGGAGUUUUCUCUGUUAAGUCUGGUUUUUCAUCUGGGUUUCACCUUAAUCGUAACUAACGUGAUUUCUAGUUCUAAUUCUAGAUGGUCACGUGGAUAUUAACUAGUUGUAUAAAUAAGUUCUAGUAGUAUUUGACUAUGUGAUGUAAUUGGUAUUUGGUAAGUAUAUGUUGGUCCGACGAUGAGUAUGAUAGAAUCAUGGUGUGUUGUCCAAAGUUCGGCAAAAAUAGUAUUUUAAAGUCGGUCUAAAUAUAUGCGAAGUUGCUAACUUUGUUGUAGUAUUAUGUUUAAAUUGACGAUGAAUUUGAUAAAAUUAGGUUUGUUGUGUCGUAAGUUUGUUAAAUACUGUAUUUUGAAGCUUCAACACGAUUAUAGUGUCAAUGUGAUUUAUCGAACUA